UCUCUAUAGAAGCUGAAAUUCAUCAUCAUCCUUCAAAAUGCAAUGGAAGGUACCACGGACUAUGUCUCAGCUGGCACUCAGGACAUUCUUGGAACCACAGAAAGCCAGGCUCUUGGAACACCACCGGAGAAGAAAAGGACCAUUACUUGGACUUGGAGGUGAAUACAGAGUGGUUUGGACACCACACCUUCGGAAGCAGUGGCUCCAUUUACCUGCUGUUCAGUGCCUUGCAAAGCAAAGGAAUCUAUUAGAUGCUCAGCCACCUCAGCUGGGAGUCCUCCAGAAACGAUGGGAGCAGGAUAUUUUACCCAAGAGGGUUUUUUCUUCCAGUGCCACAUCCCAAGAAACUCCAUCGGAAAAAAAGGAAGAGCCAGAUCCUCUACAAGACAAGUCUAUUAGUCUUUAUCAACGAUUUAAGAAAACAUUUAGACAAUAUGGAAAAGUCUUAAUUCCUGUGCAUCUAAUAACUUCUGGUAUUUGGUUUGGAACAUUUUACUAUGCAGCUAUAAAAGGAGUGAAUGUCAUCCCUUUCCUAGAGUUCAUUGGAUUACCUGACAGUGUAGUAGACAUUCUGAAAAACUCCCAAAGUGGAAAUGCCCUGACAGCAUAUGCCAUGUUUAAGAUUGCAACACCUGCCCGCUACACAGUGACCUUGGGAGGAACGUCCUUUACUGUGAAGUAUUUGAGAAGUCAUGGCUACAUGUCAACCCCACCACCUGUCAAGGAGUAUUUGCAGGACAGAAUGGAAGAGACUAAGGAGCUCAUCACAGAGAAAAUGGAGGAGACGAAGGAUAGACUUACUGAAAAAUUACAAGAAACCAAAGAAAAAGUUUCUUUUAAGAAAAAAGUAGAAUAAGGGUGCCUUAUGUAAGAUGUUACAGAAAACCCCAUACUUUAACCCUCUGGAGACUCUGGGCAAAGAACAUGUUCUGAUUUUUUUUUUUUUUUUUUUUUUGGUUAGAAACCUAAAUGUAUCAGUCCUCUGAGGGUUAAGGAACAAAGAUUGGUUUUGUUUUUAAGUAACAGUGGGGGGGUGGGGAAUCAAUGUUUUUCAAAAUGAAAUGACCCCAGUAUAAAAAUUAGUUGCAGCAAUAAGCAGUAGCUAAUGUCCCAAAAGUCAGGGUUCCUGUUCCAUCUCCUCAGAAUCAAAUUUGCUUCAUGCUCUCUAACACCUGCAGUGUGUGUACUGGGCAAUCCACUCCUAGAGUGACAGUCACUAAGUGCCCACUUCUGUGGCGAUGAACUUAACUGUUCAGACUCUGGGUGAGAGACUGGAGAAGUUACCUACCAGUUAACAUGUGACCUUAUUUCAAGGAGGUUGUAUAAAUCUAGUCUUAUAUUUAUAAGUAACAUAUAUUGGUUAUGUGAUGAAAUGGACCCUGUAAAAUGGUUUUUAACUGGAGCUUGUCAAAAAUCACAUUUUUAAAGCAAAUUCUUUUUCAAACUUGACUGUGCAUGGUGGUUGGACACUUGAACUGUCAGACUUUCUUAUAGCUCACUUCUGUCUUUAGCUAACCUAUGGAGGACAGUGAAAGUUUUAUAUAAACUUUGUUAUUGAAAUCACAUGUAUCAGCAACUCAAGUUGACUGUUCUUAACUACAUCAGGCUUUGAAAGACCGCUGCUGCUUUUGACAGGAGCGAGUCUAACUGUGUACUUGAGAGUGGAAGCUCAUGGUGGGGCCUGUGGAAGACAAGUGGGCAGUGCACCUGGCUUCGUCUCAGAUCUCUCCUACUACUUCAACCCUGGUGGGAUUUUGGUCCUUAUAUCCCUGGUCAGAGGCCUGUCUGUCAUGGGUACCAAUAGAAUUGUGCUUAAUAUUUCUCAUAUUGGAAGGGAAAAUUACUGCUUAAAUAUUGGGCUUGAUUGUUUACAGCAUGUAAUGAAUCAGUGGCUGUCAGGCAAGUCCCAUGCCUGUAGAGUGUCUGUUUGUGUGGGGUCUUUCCUUCAGGUCUAACCCUUGGUUGACACUGGAGCAAGAAAUGGCCUCUUUAGGGGCCUUGGUUUUGACUUGCCAUCAGGAGAAUGUCAUAUAGCUAUCCUAUGCAGUCCCUGCUUCAUGACAGGAUUUAUGGCAAAUGCAUGAGUUAGCCAGAUUUAGAGAAUGAGGGGAUAACUUCACAUUUGAAACACCCAGGCAUUAUACUGAAACACUUUAGUGAAAAUGCUAUGCUUGGAGUCUUCUGGGUUGGAAGAAUUAUAGAGGGGAUUUGUCACGGGUCUCUGCUCCUUUGUUCGUUGGCAGCAUGAUUAAUCUGAGGCAGAGUUCAGUGCAUUGCUACAAAUUGAUGGCAUACUUUCAGAUAUAAUCAGGACAACACACUUUAGCAUGCUUAUUAAACAGUAAGAUACUAAAUACUGAUGUACUAACAUUUCUCCCCUUUGAAACAACCAAGAAUGUCAUGCUAAAUGUGGGGAUAUAUAGAAUUCUUUCUCCUAAAAUCUUUUACCUGUCUUAGUGUGUAGGACAUAUCAUCUAGUGGAGGUAAUUUGAGAGCUUUUAAGACAUUGCUAUUAAUCAUGAGGCUGCAAUUUUCUUGUCCUGAGUGGAUAUCUUCUGCCAAGUCAUUCAAGUCUUACCACCAUCCAGUUUUAUGAAUUGUUUCUCCCCGAUUACAGCAAAUGAGGAGCUACCUGUAUGUGCUUUUAAAUCCAGUGAAAAAGUCUCUAAGAUUUGAGAAGUUGUAGUGUUACAUUUGGCAUCAGAGAUGUCAUAAGAUACUGUUGCCAAUAUUAUCCUUAAAGCAAGCAACAAUCAACUUGUAGGAGGCCCUGCAAUGUGUUUAAUAGCAGACAGCAGUAACACAUCAACUUAAAUUAUCAAAAUGUAUAAUAUAGGUUUUGUAUAUGCUGAACUGCAUUUUAUUUACAUCUGAUCUUGCAUUUCUGUUAGCUGCAAGGGAAAUCAGGAAACUCCAUGUCUGGUGUGCACAUUUAUCCUUUUGAAAGAUAAGUUGGUGUCAUGAAUGAAGCUGUGACUGAUAUUUAUUUUUUUUAAUGGACAGAAAACAUUUGCCUAGCAAAUUAAUAAGUUCAAAUGAAAAUGGAUUAGGUAAGAGGUUUGGUUUGUUAAAGAGUAAGAUGAAAACCAGCCUUUUAAAGUAUUACAUCUUAUUGAGAGCCUUUUGUGCAUAAUAGGUUGCUGUUUGGAUUUCACCAAAGAGAAAAGUAUGUAUAUUAGGAUUAGCCUUCUCCUCAUAGUGAAAUAAUAAAACUAAGAGUUCAAAUAUUCCUGAGUUUUCCAUUGUAAAUUCGCCUCCAUCUUCUCAUUCACAGAUGAAAGAGCAAAGCUCUUUAUGUUUGGGGUGAGCUGCAGCUGGACAGCUGUCUUGUUUCUGUGGUCUUAGACCAUAGUUCUAGGAAUCUCAAGCAUCUUUAUAGUAUGGGCAGAAGUAGUGUUGGAAGAAAAUGAAGCUAUAUUUUAGACACAUUGGGCUUCUUUUAAUGUCCUUUGCACUGGGUUCAAGUCUUCAGUAUUUCAUAACUGCUUCAAAUAUAAACCAAGCUAAUCUUUCUGAGUUCCUUUUGAAAUAGAGAAUUUUUGCAGUACACACACGCAUUUUGUUGUUGUUGCUGUUGUUAAAGGGCUCCUAAAAAGAGGUUGUUGUAGAAUUAGAGGAACAAUAUAUUCUUGGUAGCUACAGUUCAUUUGCUGAAAUACUGUUUCAGAUUUUCAAAACUGAGUCUCCAUAAGACCUAAAAUAAGGUAAAUUUAAGUGUUCCAGCGUUCUUUCUGACCUACUUAAGUACCCUUCUUUCAUCCACUUACUUGUUGGCAUUAAGAGCUCACUGCUUAGUUUACCAAGGGACAUGGUGUCAGAUUCAUCCAGGCGUUGGCCCCAUAUCUGAUUAACACAUGAGUAUAUGUGGAGGGAGUUGUGGGUCUCUGAAUUGGAAAUUUGCAGAACAGGAGUGGGGAAGGCAGUGAGAAGAGUGUCCCUCAUCCAUUCUUCAAAUAAGAACUGUGCUUUGUCUCCACUGGCCCAUGUGCAUAUUAUUUGCCAAUUUAGUAUUAAGUAGAGUUUCCAUGAGGAAGGAAGGAAGGAAGGAAGGAAGGAAGGAAGGAAGGAAGGAAGGAAGGAAGGAAAAAGAGGUCAUAUACCCAAAGGACAGCAAAGUCCUCAUCCUUCCUGGUAAUUGGAAUGGUCAAAGGGUUACUCCUUUCCCAGAAUUUCUCUUUCUCCAUGAACUUUGGUAUGGCCCUUGUAAGACAACUUUCUCUUAAAUUGUGAGUUUCUCACAGUUAAAUGCUGAGGUAGGCUCACUGGAUUAAUUUUUUCCCUCAGAUUUUUUUUUCUUUGUGACUUCUAUGUCCUUUGUUCAUUCUGAGUAGUCAAAACAAGUUUUUGAUUGCCCUGCAUCUCCAGGAUUGAGCUUUGAAAAUUAAGGUGUAUUCUUCCCUAUUCAUCACUAAUAGUCACAAACAGAAAUUACAGAUCCUAAUUAUUCUCUGGCAAUUAUUUGGUCAUUUAGAUAAGACUGAUCUCUUAGUAGGAAAAAUGCAUCCUGAUUUUAGAGCCCUUGAGGGCAGAGUAGGACAUGGUUUAUUCUGAGGAUUUGCUUGAAUGGCCUUGAUGGGAGGUAGAUUCACUCAAUAUGGCUUCUUACAGAGUGAGCUAUGGGGGAGGGCAUCAUGCUGUUUUCUCUGGGAAGUCAGCCUAAAGGACAAACCCUGCAUAGUGAGAAGAGUAUGACUCCCUGCCACAGCCUGCUUCCUGCAUCUUAGUUUUCCUCAAAGUAGAGAUUAGCUGGACCCUUUCUUUUCCUCCUUUUCCACCUCCCUUUGUCUAGCCUUUUCUGUCUUAAAUUGUGACUGAUUUAAAUGUUGGCAAACACUGAUAGGAGGACACAUGGGCAGGGCAUGUGCUCCGUGCAAGUCUACCAGCAAGUCUGGGAAGCACAGUUCUUGGUCAGGUCAGUGUGCACAACACUGGCCUUCUUCUGGGGACCCAAAGCAUCCAGCUGCAGCAUCCGAUGGACCCAGCAGUUUCUACAGCAACAACAUUGAAACCUAAUUUUAUCCUUAUUGUUUUAAUAAGAUGAAAUUUCCCAUGUUAAUCCAUCCAUACACAUAGUAAAAGGUACUUUCUGCCAUAUUUUGACAAUUCCAUAAAGAUUCUACACAAAAUAAUGGCAAUUCCAUAUCAUCCUUUUCCAAUUAAAUGUUAACUCUUAACCCUGGAUUUGAUUUUAGGAAAGGCAGCAGUGUUUAUAUGAACUUAGUUUCAGCUGUUGCCUUGUUUGCACCUCUGCGUGCUAGAUUGGAGAUUUUAUGAAAAGCAUAUUUUUACUCAUUUGAAUCCAUACUUCCUUAGAAUUCAUUGCUUUAUUUCUCUCAUACAAUGGGUGCUGGGCAUCCUUACCUGCUUGGUAUUCUGCCACGACAGUGUGAUAUAGGGGCUCUGUUGCCCAGGUCUUCAGACAACAUAUACAUUCUGUUACCUUGGUGAAGCAGAGGCAAGUUAUAGGAGACACACAGCUUAUAUAUUCUGUACUUCUUUUAACCAGUAACAAACAGGUGUGCGUUGCCCCAAAGUAAAAAAAAAAAAGUCAAAUAUGUCCACAAACCUAAUAGUAUUUGUUGAGCAAGCUAGACCAUUCAUUAGUUGCACUGAUGAAUGAUUGUAGCUUUUACCUUUGUUUAGGCUUAGAGAACUGUAGAAUUUAACACUGGUAAGUCUUGUUAGGACAUUGAAGCCAUGUUUUGGUUGAAGAAAAAAAAAAAAAAA